AUAGACGGCAGCAUCCAGGAGGUGAACGUGAGCCCCUGCCCCACGCAGCCCUGCCUGCUCCACAAGGGGACAUCCUACAGUAUCAAUGUCACCUUUGCUAGCAAGAUCGAGAGCCAGGGCAGCCAAGCGAGGGUGUACGGCGAGAUGCUGCAUGUGGACAUACCCUUUCCCAUUCCUGAGCCUGACGGAUGCAAGUCUGGGAUCCAGUGCCCCAUUCAAAAGGGCCAUUCCUACAGCUACCUGAAUAAACUCCCCGUGAAGAGCGAGUACCCUAGUAUUAAACUGAUUGUGAAGUGGGAGCUGGUGGAUGACCAGGGCCAGAUGUUGUUCUGCUGGAAGAUACCAGUACAGAUCACCAGCUGAGGAGCCCUGCCAUUAGUAGGGCUUGGGGAGGGGAAAAACAGAAGAAAACACACACCAAAUUCUUUUAUAUAAUAAGCAUUUCUUACUGCUUCCUUCAGAGCUCUGUAGCCUCUGAG